CUGCAGAGGGGAUUUUUUUCUUUUUCUUUUGCUUCCCUUUUCAGAUAAGCCAGGGGUCAACACCACCUCCAGUGAGACUUGGUUAGGUUUCAGUGACACACACACAGCCUUUUUUUACUCUGACAUACUGAAGUUAAACUGUUUAUACAGCUUUCUGCCUCAAGUAACAUAAGUAGUUUUGAAGAUUAGUUUACUUAUGUGAUUGACAUUUAUUAGACAGUAACAGUUCAGCAUUUCUGACUGCAGAUUCACAGUGGAAAUUAAAUUUUCACGCUCUGCUGCAUGCAUCAGUAUGCUCGACCUGGCAGGCGAGUUUCUGCAUGUAGCUGCUGUGUUUGUACUCGAAUUACAUUGGUCAGAAAAGUAGGAGGAUCCUGCAGCGAGUAGAGACUGCAGGAGAACUGUCCAGCCUUGUAAUACAGUGCAUUGCAGAGUACUCGAUGUACUUGCAUUUGUAUUUGUUCGCUAGGUUAACGCGACCAAUGAUACUUUUAUAUGACGUGGUGUUGUCGGAAGAGGAGCAACAGCAGCAAGUUCAGGCGUGUCGGUAGUGUGGGCGCAAAUUGAACUUUACAGCAGUUUUUUUUAUUGCUGUUUUCACUUUCAUAACCAUCUUGUUUUACGGUUGACUGAUGUGUCGCGUUGACGAGCCACUGUCGGUUUCGAUAUAGCUGAUAAAGAGCAUGUGAAGUGAGCUGCUGGUGACCGGUUUCAGAAAUGGAGGGACCUGCAUCGCACCCAGAAACCAAACCCGCAGAGAGCUGUUUUGACAGGACCUUCUCGGCUUUAACUGUGGACAAUGUGUACGAGAUAGCCAAGCUGAUCGGUACCGAGGUGGAGAAACUCAUCGACGGCUAUGGCAAAGACAGCGUCGAGGGUCUGGUGCCGAAAAUUGUGAAAGUGCUGGAGCUGUUGGAGAGUUUCGCGUCGAGGAACCACGCACACAAACUGCGGGAAGAAGAGCUGCUCAAGACCUUCGAGACGAUUCAGCUGCAACAGCAGAAGAAACGUGCGGGGAAGGAAAGCGACGAAGGCAAAGAUAAAAAUGAAAUACAGCAGGAGCUGCAGCAGAAGGAGCAGCAGUGGAAGAGGAGGUGUGAGGAGCUUCAGGUCCAGGUACAGCAGCUCCAGGUGGACAGAGAGGAGCUGCAGAGCAGACUGAAGGGCAGUCAUGCACAGGAAGACCGAGUGCAGCGGCAGGAGCGAGAAGUGAUGCUGAAGCUGAAGGAAGUGGUGGACAAGCAGAGAGACGAGCUGAGGGCCAAAGUCCAGGAGAUAUCCACCAUUUCCAAAGAAGUGGAGGCGCUCCAGGAGCAGUUGGACCGCUUCAUGAAGAUGAACGCGGAGCUGCGACACAAGCAGAAUGUGCUGCAGGCCCAGCUGAAGAGCACCGUGGAGAGGAAGGCCGACAUGGAGGCUGACCUGAAAGAGAAAACCAAAGAGAUAGAAAACCUCCAAGCACAGCUGGACAGAACCAACAGCAACAACCCAUCCUGUCUAAGUCAAACAGCUCGGGAGUCAAAGAAAAAGUCAUCGGUUGACCAGAAGGACCCCGAUCAGCCGUGCUUCACCAAGAAGGAGGUGCGCGACAUCAUUUUUGAGAGGAACGAGCUCAAAACCAACCUCUUCCUGGUGCAGGAGGAGCUCAGCUACUAUCAGAGGGAGAUCCUGAAUGAGGAGAGGUGUCCAGGCUUCCUCUUAGAAGCCGUGCGCUCAGCCAUCAAAAAAAGGAGAAAGCUCAUCAAGGCAAAGAUGCUCGGAAUUCCUGUGAAUGACUGCAGCAGUGAUGAGGAAGACAAGAGUCCUCUGUUUGGGCAAACAGAAGUAGACGGCACGGAAGUAGACAGCUCUGACAAACCAGCAGAAUCACGCAUUCGAAACCUCUUCGGCUUCUUGACGCGGUCGGGCAGCGGGCGGAGCCCCACCCACAUGAGCAACUCCGCCUCCAGCUGGGAGAUCAUCGGAGACUCGGAGGCCAAUGAGGAGCGGGAUCAGCGGCCGUCUUCCUGAGCCCGGGAUCGACCUGAGAGCACCGGCUGUGAGAUUUCUGCCUGUUGUGAUCUGAAACAAACACUCUCCUUCCUUAUGUCACAGCUUCUCCUUCAGCUUGUAACAGAAAAUCUGUUGCGGCUCAGGAAAAAGUUAGAUGGACAAUUGAAUGCCCCAACGUUACCACACAUAAGCACUAUAAGGAAAGAGAAAGUGUGAAUAUUUUUAUAAGCAAACUGACCUGUUUCUGUCUUAAAUCCUUUCAUUUCCCCUUCUCCAAAUGUUACUCUUGUCCUGGCUUAGUCUCCUUAGAAGAACAGUCUCCAACUACAGCAUAUGCAGCAGUAUUAAGAGUAAUACUUAGUAAUACUUAGUAAUACUAGACUCAAGUAUUCACACAACAAUCAUGUUACUCUCCAUUAUAGAGAAGGUUUUAUUGUUGGCCAUGUAAUUCUUGAAAAAUAUGUUAUUACUUAUAGGUAUUUAUAUAAAUCCUCAAAUGUUAUAAGAAACCAAAGAUAUUACUGAGAUACAGUAUAUAUUCUAGUAAAGUGGGAACUGUGUUUAAUAAGCACAUAUUUGUUCCACAAAACAAUCAACAUUUUACCACAAAGUUAUCAUGAAACUUUUACCUCAGUCUGGGUAUUUCUAAGCUGUGUGUUUGCUCAUGUAUUGUUCAUGAUUUAAAGCACUUUUAUACUCAAGGAAAAACAAACUUUUAGUCAUAUGAUUGCCAGUCUCUUCCAUUUGAGCAGUGAGUGUAUUUUAACCCCAUAAGCCUUAACUUGCUGCUUGUAUUGUUAAAAAUAUAUUUUCUUAAUUUUCAGUCAUCGGUAGCUGGUGUGUACGUCAUGGUGGUGCCAUACGUGUGUGCGUGUGUGUGUAUGCACACAUGUUCUGUUGGUUACGUGACAAGGAAGAUAUGUGCUUCCUUGUGGAAAUGAGAAAGUGUGUGUGUGUGUGGUUUUUUUUUUUUUUUUUAAAUCCCCACCACGUUUAUCUGACAGAUCAUUAAGUCUCCACAUUUUCUGUCUGACUGCUCUGUUCCCUCUGAAUGUCUGACGAUAGCACUACUCAGACUGGUGGUAUUGUAUUUGUUAAGAGAGACAAUGUAGGACCCUCCAAUCAGAACAUGUUUUCCUACGAUACAGUGUUUGCAAUUUAUUUUUGUAAGCAUGUUUUUGAUGGAAAGUUUUAUGAACAUUUUUGCUGACAAAAACAGAGAUGCCAUGUGAGUGGAUUUUAAUGAAACUGUGAUAAAAACACUGAUUUUCUGUAAUAAUGAGAUUCAAUAAAAUCCAUUAAACACA